UCGAGAAGAAGGCCCCAAUCAACUGUAACUAGUAAUGGCUCACGGAGAUUCGAGCCUGGGUGCUUUAAGCUCUUCUCAAAUUUCCAAAGAAAAACAACCCACUGAUCCCACCUACAGCAAUGGAGACGACGACGCUGGUGGCGUGCAGAUCACGUGCUUCACUGAGCUUGUCCAUGAUUCUACUACCCUCCACUUCCAAAUCAUCCGCCUUCCAAAGCAGAUAUAUGCAUGGAUUGGUUGCAGCUCUGGAAAAUUGGGGCAUUUGUAUGCAGCAGCACCCACUCGACCUAGUACAGUGAGUGUGACAUCCAUACUCGGUGGGAGUUCUGAUAAUACAGGGUCGGGCAUUGCUCGGAGAUUGGUGUCGAGGACUGGACUAAACAUAAUUCUGGCUUGCAACAUUCCUAAGAAUAAUCCCAUGAUUGAGUUGGAUGCUGAGAAGUUGUUGGUUCAGAAGCUACUCAAUCUUGGGUACAUAAGACCAAAGUCACAAGGAUUGUAAACCUGUACGGAUGCUAUUGUAAACCGACUAUUUGCAGAGUAAUGUUGUCCUUGAACAAGUACUAGUUAAGGAUCAAAUUUUUUGUUGCUAAUAGAUAAGUGUUUCAGCCAAAUAGUAUGGCAUUGUGAUAUCUACCAGGAAUGCAAUGAUGCACACAGUUUUGCAAUAUUUGGUGAUUUGGUUCUGAAGUUGUAGAUUCUUAUCUUGAUUGCAAGGUAUUUGAGAAAGCAAGUCAACUUGUGAGA